UUUUAGGUAUUUAAAAAAACGUAAACAAACCAUUAAAAGGGUAAUUUAUUGGGCAGGUUUUGGUUCCUGUUAAAUUUUCAAUUUUAAAAAAUAACAGGUUACAGAUUCGUUCCAUCCUAUUUCAGCAACCUGUAGUUACGCUGGAUUUUAUGAUAUAUAUACACAUAUAUAAAUUUACCCAAUUAUUUAUAUCACAUUAAAUGAUUAAUAAUUUUUUAUAGUAAAUUGCCUCAUAAAAAACACCCAAUUUUGCAGAUGUGCAAAACGCAAGGUUAUAGUUAUGAGGAUAAAAUACGACUAGAUUACAGAGUACCGUUUUUAGUGUAGCAACACGUACCUUGUGUCACUUUUUAACUUGGUCGGUUUGACAGCGGCCAUUGCUUGACGCUUGUUGCAUUGUGUUUUAUAGUCGGAUGCCCUUGCGAUAUUUGUGGUGUUUUUGAGCUGUUAUUCGUUGUAAAUUUUGUGGUUUUCUGUUAAGUUUUUGUUGAACUUGUUUGUUUUGUUACGGAGUUGUGUGUUUUGCGUGAACAUGGAUGAUAACAAACCGGGAAGUAGCCGGCCUAGUUCCCUGCUUACAUUUCCUUCUCCGAAGAAAAAGAGGCCUAAAACGGGACAGCUUUCGUCAUCGGAGAAGACCGUACUUGUUAACGUUUAUAAAUACGUGGAAGAAACGUGGCCCAAGGAUAAAUACCCAUAUAAAACCGAAAUCGUUCAGAAAACGGCAGAAAUUGUUGGUGUCUCGACUCCUACUGUAUACUCUGUUUUGAAAGAAUACAAGACCCACGGUCGUGUUCAGUCUCCACCGCCACCUGCGACGAAACCAAGUUUAGUAAAUGCACUGGAUGAGAUUGAACUGGGUGGCAUUCGAAGAAAAGUGCACCAAUUUUAUUUUGCCAAUGAAAUACCAAGUAUAGACAAAAUGCUUGAUGCAGUAAACAGUGAUGAGAGUCUGCCAAACUUCUCGAGAACCUCAUUUUUUAAAGUUUUAAAAAAACUGGGGUUCAAGUACUCUAAAAGAAACCGAAAAAGUAUGUUGAUUGAUAGAAGUGAUAUAGCCUUAUGGCGUAUUAACUAUCUAAACAAAAUAGAAGAAGAACGAAAGGCAGGGAAAAAGAUUUAUUACCUGGAUGAGACCUGGGUUAACGAAGGGCACACGAAAGAAAAAGUUUGGCAAGACACAACAAUCAAGAGUACCAAAGAAGCUCAUCGCCAAGGGCUUUCUACAGGACUCAAAAAUCCAUCCGGCAAAGGAAAACGCCUCAUAUUAGGCCACAUAGGAUCUUCAACCGGCUUCUUGAAGGAGGGCGAGCUGAUCUUUUUAGCGGGCACAGAUGGUGGAGACUACCAUAAAGAAAUGAAUGGAGCAAACUUUGAAAAAUGGUUUGACGUUAUUUUAAAUAACGUUGAGCCAAAUUCAGUAAUUGUGAUGGACAAUGCACCAUACCAUUCACGCAAGCUCGAAAAAACUCCUAUUUUAAAAACAAAAAAAGCUGAAAUCCAGGAAUGGUUACGGUCCAAAAAUAUUGCUUUUGGACCUAAGGAAUAUAAGGAGCAACUCUUGAAGAGAGUGCGAAAAGUAAAAAAAAAAUACGAAAAAUAUGUUGUGGAUGAAAAAGCAAAAGAAAGGGGCAUUACUGUCAUAAGGCUCCCGCCCUACCACUGCGAGCUCAACCCUAUUGAGCUCAUUUGGGCACAGGUAAAAGGGGAGAUUGCCGCAAAAAACAAAACGUUCAAAUUGAAAGAGCUAAGAGAUUUACUACCCGAGGCACUCGGAAAUGUCACUGCUGCUAAUUGGAAAAGCUGUGAAGAUCAUACCAUAAAAGAAGAAGAAACAAUGAGAGGGUUAGACAACCAUAUCGACAACUUGACUGACAGAUUUAUAAUAAAUGUGGGGGGGGAUUGGGAUUGGGAUCAUCAUCAUCAUCAAUGGUCCUAUUCAAUAUGCGUCACACUGCUGAGCACAGACAAAGGCCUCUGGCCUCCUCCCAUGCAGUAG